ACUUCUUUCAUCAUAGAAAAUAAAUCAGUUAAUUUUUUAAAUGUCGGAACUACAGUCUAGAUCUCAAAUAGCCGUUCUUGGUCUAGGAAGAGUUGGAAAAAGCUCAAUACUGCAACAAUAUUUGAAGGGAAGAUUUUCGAGUGCAUACAACGAGACAGUUGAAGAUAUUUAUCCUCAACCAUAUGAUAUUAAUGGAAAGCGAAGAUUUGUUGACUUUAUUGACACUGCCGGAAACAUAUAUUUCCCUGCAAUGCGUAAAAUAUACAUUUCGAAGGCCGGAUUCAUUCUAGUUUACUCAAUCUGCGAUAGCAGGUCAUUUGAAGAGGUACAAAAACUGUGGAAUGAAAUAAAGUCUGCGAGGGAAAAUAAUUUAAGCAUACCUGUUGUAAUUGUUGGUAAUAAACUAGACGAAGAAAAUAAUAGACAGGUUGAAACCUUUGCUGCAUUAGAAUGGGCUUACAGGGAGAACCUUGGUGGAUGCUUUAUAGAGGUUUCUGCCAAAGAUAAUAACGCAGUCAAAGAAGUUUUUGACAUGCUAUUGGAACAGUUGGGAAAUAGGAGAGCUGAACAACCUGAAACAUUCAGAAUACGAUCUACCAGUUUCACAAGAAAGGAAGAUGCAUUUGCAGAUAAAUGUCGCAAUAACGGUAAACAGAAAAAGAAUAAGAAGAUGGUGUCAUAUGAAAAAGUUCAAUGUUCAAGCAAAGGUUUCCAAGAUAACGUUUUUGACGAUUUUAAGGAAUCUACAAUUUACCGAGUCCAAAGAAAACAAAUGGAACUGUGUAGAUCUAUGAGCGAUAGCGAUGCUUUACAAAAACCGAAUCGUAGUGGAAGACAGUUUUCACGCAGCAUAAGUAUGCCCGAUGAAAAAUCAAAAAGCGGGUACCAGGGAUGGAACAGAGUUCAUAGACUUAUGAAAAAAUUGUUUCGACGUUCAGAUUCCAUGGAAACCGACUCAUCACGUGUUCAAAAGACGGAAGGUCACACUGUCAUGUUGUUGCAUAGUAAAUUACCAGAAAAUGGAACACGAAGUUAA